UCCGGUGGCAAGUAAACAAACAAAAAUGUGGUCUAUUGAUUUCUAAGCAUUUUCUAUAUGUUUUAUUUCAUGAAGAUGAUAAAACCUGUUGCUGUUACUUCGAUUACCAUAUAACACAGUGGAAGUUCUUCUUAAAUUACAACUAGCUGAGAUCCUCAUCGACAAGAACUGAACCACGUUAACUCACAAAAUAUUUACGCAGGCAAAAAAUAACAAAAGAAUAUGACAUGUACAUUUACAUAAGUCGAUGGAAGUGAAAUAACGUUUUAUCAUCAGAAUGAGUUCACCACUGUCAAGUUUGAAGAAAUCACACAAACAGUCUCUACUACCAGGGAGAUUGGACCAAAUGGAACACAGUCUUACAGAUAGGUCUUCAAAAAGUCGAAAAUUAGAUGGUGGUAAAAAGGUAAAAAAGUCCAGGUCAAGGUCACUACCCUUCAGACAUCCAGAAUAUUCAGAGGAUGAAAGUAGACUUCUGGAAGAAAUUACAACUAAUAUGGCUACAGCUAGGAUGAAAUUGAGAGAUCCAUUCAUUGGAGGUCUUCCAAAACUAGAUACUACACGUGGUCUACUGUCCAAUCAGAAUACUCCUAGAAUGUCUAAUACAUCAUCAUUAGAAAGACCUCCCAGUGCCUCUUCCUACGAUCGUAACAACUUUGAUCGUAACACCUAUGAUUUCCACAAUCACAAUACUUUUCUGACAGCUCCAAGCGAUCAUGAUUUAAUGUCAGCCAUGAUGAGUAAAAUUACAGCAUUAGAAACGAGAGUUGUUUCACAAGGCAAAGAAAUAUCAGAAAAAGACAAGAGAAUAAAAAUUCUUGAAGAAAAACUUCAGAUUGUGCAGGCUUCUAAAGCACCAGAAGACAUUGAUAGUAAGACACAGGCAUUAGAAAGGAAGUGUUUGUUGCUGCAACAAAAUGUCCAUGAAAUGGAGACAUUUUUAGCAGAUUAUGGAAUGGUUUGGAUUGGUGAAAAAAGUGAUCCUAAUUCAGAUGUCUACAAUGAUGAAGAUUUGUCCUCUGGUAGUAGUGAGGAGUUAUGGAGACCAGAAUCUUCUCUUGCUGGUGAUGAUGACCCACCACCACCAUCUAUAGACUAUGAUAAAAUAUUAGAGAAUAUCAAAGACCUGAAUGUUUUAGCUGGAGAUGGUAUUUCCAGAAUACAACACACAACUGAUGGUGCUAGACUUAAGAUGCCAGACCCAGUUGAUUUAGCCUUAUAUGCAAAUGGUAUAAUGAUGUAUAGUGGUCCAUUCCGACCCUUCAGUGACCCACCGACACAGCAUUUACUAAAAGACAUAUUGGAUGGGUAUUUCCCUUCUGAGUUACAAACAAGAUAUCCAAAUGGUAUUCCAUUCGUAGUGAAAGAUUUUCGCCAUACUCAUUUUGAGAUAAAGAAACCCUUGAAAGCAUUUAAAGGUGUAGGGCAAACUCUAGGUGGAGGCAUCCAGCCAUCAAGACUAGUAGCUUCAACACUUAACAAAACUACACAGAAAUCUGAAACACCUGAGAACCCAGAACACCCUAUUAGUGUUUCAGUGACCAGCAAACGACCAGGUAAAACCUUGACUAAAGACCAAUUCUUAAACAAAUUACCACAAUCUGUUGUUAAAGGAGGAAAGAUUGUAGAUAUUAGAAAUACACUGAAUGAACAUCUAAGUGAUAAGAAGAGUGAUAAACCAGUUGUAACAGUUGUAGAAACAGAAACUGUAAAUGAAUUAAAGAAAAGGUUAGAACUUGAAGAAUCAGUCCGACCAUCAACCCCAAGGAAUAUAACAACACUAAGAAUUAAGUCAGAGACAGGCAAUCAGACAUAUAUCUUAAAGAUGAAGUUUAAUGAGACUGUAGGUGAUCUGAGGAAAUAUUUAAAUCUACAGAGAUCACCAGCAGAAUCAGAUUACAUCAUUGUUUCAGCCUACCCAAAUAAAACACAUACUGAUGAUACAAAGACAUUAGAAGCUAGUGGACUUGUACCUAAUGCUGUUCUACAUCUUCGACAGAAGAAGGGGUCAACUUCAUAACAUCAUCUUAAGACAUCUAGGACUAAAACCAAUAGCUACAUGGCUUAUUCCGUCUUAAAUUUCCAUUAGAUAACGAUGGUUGACAUUAGAGUACAUUUUAUGGUCUUUUAAUGCACCAUCACAAACAUAACAUGAGCUUGUCUCUUCAUGUGUCCAUAGGUCUAUCCUAUGUUGGUAAAAAAAUCUGUGUAUUAAGUUUAUGUUUAAAUCAUUUGCUAAAACGCAUUGAACUUACUUUCUUUUCCUCAACAUUGCUUUUAGUUUAGGGAAAUUAUUCAUUAUAUAUCCAAGAAAAUAUAAUUCACAGCUUUUAUGCAUGAAUCUCAGAUUCUGGAUUUUUGUAGAUAAUAAGCUUGGCACUUUUAAGUUACUGUCAAAAAUGAUGACUUGAAGGUUUAUGUUUGCCAUGUUUUUAUUUUGAACUUUUUGAAAUGUUUGUUAUUAUCAAAUAUGCAUGAAGUAUAUGCUAUAGACAUAUUAAACAAACUACAAUCAAUCUAAAUGUUUGUAGAAAAUCAUUGUUUUAACAGAAGCUUACAGGACAGCUGUAUUGUGUACAUGGGGAUGUAAAUUGAGGCAUUUUCUAUGACAAAUUAAGUUCAUGGUGUCAUGAGUUUUGUUGAGAUUAUUAACAGAGCUGAAACCUCAAAUCCCCCCCCUCCCCCCCCCCCCCCCCCCCCCCCCCAAAAGAAAAAAAAGGUAGUGUUAUCUUAUGCAAUUUCAGAAAAAGUAAAAAAGUAUCAAGUUAUUUAUUUUUUUAUUGCAUUGUGAUGUUUUCUAAAGUUCCUACAAUAAACCAUGAAUUUUACUGUUCAAAAUGUGACAUUAUUGUAACCAAUCAAUUCAAUGGGCAUUUCUAAGAAUUAUCAGGUUACAUCUUCAGUGGACAUUUUUGGCAGCUUAAAAAAUAUUAUCAAAAGUUAAUUUUGCUCAAAUAUAUAUUUGUUAUAGUUUUUUUUUUAUUAACUUUUCAUUAAACUUUAUAAGUUAUUCCAUAUACAUGUACUCGAAACCUUACAGGUAAAAUCAUAACAUUCCAAAAUAUAUCACAUGUCAAGGCCUAGCUCGAGUAUGUUUAAAUCAGUUUACUUCAAACUUUACACUGCUGUUGGGAUUGGUCAAAGUAAACUUUCUUUUGAUUUUGAAAAGUUUUGGAUUUGCUUUUCUAGAGUUAUUGGACUUUAACCAUCAAAUUUUAAUAAGGCAAUUUAUAUAAGGAUAUUAUUAUGCAAAUUUUUCAGCAGGUCAAUUUUUACUGACUUCUAAUUUGAUGCUUUCUUCAAUAGUCCAUAAGACUAUUUCAAUAUAUUGCAAUUUAUUAACAUAAAGUAUUCGAUAUAAUAUUUCCAUUUUUUCAAGAAUAAUUAAACAUGCAUACCAAAAUUAAAAUAGGCAAACUGGUACUUAGAGAUGAUAUCUUUGUGGAAAUUUAUCUCUUUGAAAUAGAUCUAGAUAAUUCACGAAUUCAGUUUUAUUAACUUGUCUUCCAUAAAUGUGUGAUUUUUAUAAACAGAAAGAGAUUCUUCUUGACAUUAUCUAUAUGCCAGUUACAUGUGUUUUACUUUUUCUUUUUUCAUUGUUUCCUUCAUUCCAGUAAAUGUGCAUAUCAUUAUUCCCAACAAGAUUGUAGAUCCAAUGUUAAGAUGGAUAGUUAUACAAGUAUGGGUUUUACUUGCUUGAAGAUUAACAAAGGUUACUUACUGGCCAUGUGUUGAUAAUUUCCUCUCUUUUCAACACAAUAUUCUUCUGUAUUUUAUUGUUGUGUCUUUUGUUUUAUUGGUCAAAACAUGCAAGUUUAUAAUGUUUUUAUGUUGAUGUGUAUAUUUUUUAAAUUAUUAUAUGUAACUUUUUUUUCAUAAUAUUUUGCUUUAUUUAUUUUUAGCAUUUAUUAUGAGAAUUCUAGUCGUCAUAUGCAAUGAACAUACAAGCACUGGUCACUUUAUAUGUUUUCUUAUGUUAUUCUUCACAUGGGAGAUAACUCCUGCAUUCAUGGCACUAUUGUGAUAAGAUCACUUUGUAAAAUGCUUACAUCAAAGAAAAAUAUUUUGAAGAUUUUUUAAAUAACCAAAAAUGUCUGUUAUCAUUUUAAACGACAAACAAUGUAUUUUGUGAUAAUUUAUCGUAAUAUUUGACAUUAUUUUAUCAAAAAUAAAAUAUGAUAUUAAGAAA